AUGGACAUCGUGAGACCAGUACAGGGCAGCAGGGCCAAAGCGCUGCACGCUUUCGACUCUCCAAAGAGUCUCCAAUCGCGAACCACGGCCGACCACGACGGUAACCAAGCCAGCAAGCCAAGCUCGCCCUUUAGCAGGGGCAAAUCGCGGCUCAACCGGACGUCAAUCACCAGCAUCACUCCGGCGCUCAGCUCCAGCGGAAACGACACACCGGUAGACCCAAAGCCGGAAGGCUUGCUGAAACUCGACAUCCCCCGCACUGGCUUUGACACUGGGAUGACUGGGUCUGCGCAGAUACUUACGAAGACGACCAAGUCGCCCACCAGUCCAUCUGAGACCCAUAUCCACAGGCUGUCCACCCUCUUUACCUCCGGCCGCUGCAACUCUCUUUCCAGUCGCAUCGACUUGCUCAACUCUCCCACCAGUCCCAUCUCCCCCACGAGCGCUCCCCCAACCCUCCCCGACCUCAAUGUUCCACUUACACUAGACUUUGCUGCAGAGCUUGGACGGUCUUUUAGCAUUGGCUCCAAGAUCGAGCCUUUGCGUGGUGUGGCCUCGAAGGAAACAGUCGUUACAAUCAAGGACGCAGAGCCAGAGACACCGCCCGCUAUUGCGCCCGUUGCGCCCGCUAUCUUAACCGUCAGCACAACCGAGCUGACCACAGCGAAGACGACCACGACCACGACCACGACGUCGACGGCCCCAAUUAUCCCUCCCAAGUCGCCAGCCCGAGAAUCCCUUUCUCAUAGGAACUCAAUGAUCGAUCGUCGGCGAUCAUGGAUGCCUGGUUCGACCACGACUGUGAUCUAUGACGCCAAGGAGACCGCCGAGGACCGUCGCACCAGAAAACUGUCGAAGCCGAAUCAUGGUACCGGAACGCAGGAGGCCGCGCUGGAGGAUGUAAAGGAAUUGCAGAGACCCAAGACGGCCAAUGUAGAAUCCUUUGCCGAUUAUGCGAGGCGCUCGUGGAUCCCGUCUUCGAGGUCCCCGUCACUACCCCCCAAAACCCUCACAAAACAAUCGCCAGUCGAGGGCGGGCACAGUGAAGGACGCAGGACGUCCAAAGUGGAAGGAUUGCUCAGGCUUGGCAGUAAGAGGGAUAAGUCCGAUGGGGGUGUUAGUGGGAGCGCCACAGGGGCAGGUGGUGACGCAGAUGCCAGCCGGCCACCAGAAAGCAGCAGCCGUAGUCGAGCUCUACAUCGGGCAAGCAGCUUUGUGGCUCGGAUAAAACAGCGACCCCAAAGUGUCUUGUUCUCCAGAAGCUUGUCAACUACCUCGAUAUCAGCUUCAUCUGUCAUCAGCUCCAAAUCAAGUGACCUUGACAGCAACGCGUCCUCCGGCAUUGACACCAGCACUUCCGCGGCGAAGCCCGUUAAUCAGUCCACUCCGACCACCACACCCGCUAAAAAAUUGUUGCAAGCAAAGGAUGCCAAACACGAUGUUUCGAGCAGCAACAGCGACGCCCCAUCCACAACGAGGAAUUCGUCUCUGGACACCAUUGUUACAGCAGCUACCUCCGAACACGCAUCCCACUCAACCGCAGACACGAGCAUCACAAUGCCACACCCUACGUCCGGCGACCCGCUAUGGUCGACCUUCCGAACGCUCGAUAGCGAGUUUUCCAGAUUCGUGGCCAAGAACUCGACCCCCAUGCGCAUGAACGUAGUACGAUCGACGCUUGUACCUUUUCUCCGCAGCACGUCACACCACCCAUCCAACACGAACACAAAGCUGCUCGCCCCCGAAGACUUUGAGCGCCGAGCAACGAUCCUGAACAAAUGGUGGAACGGCCUUUUGGACAUGUUGGACGCUGGGCAGUCCAGGCUGGAUAGGAAUGCUUUCGCCGCGUCCGCGGGCACCGGCCCUGUGACGCCCCCUCCUCCCACGUUGGGCACUAAUCUACAGCCAGUCGCAGGCGUUGACAGACCGACGUUACUCGAAACCAUUACUAUACUCAUGAUGCGCCCAGAGUGGAGGUCCUGCACCAGCUCUUUUCAGCCGCUAUCUCAACGUUCGCCAGAGGAGCGUGUGCGCGGCCGAUCGUCAACACAGUCCACCGCAGACGAGGCCGAGUUGGCUGCCAUUGACUUUGUCGCCCAAUCCGCCGAGCAUAAUGUCCGGACCAUGUUCGUCAACAGCCUUGCCAGGCAGAUGGCUCUCGUAGUAGACAAGAUGUGUCUACGACAUGCGCCUCUUAGCUUGGUCAACUGGAGUGGCAAGGCAUGCGCCUAUGCCUUUUUCUUCGUUCCCGGGGUAGCGGACAUUCUCGUGCGUCUUUGGCAAUUGAAUAGCGACCUUCUGCGCCGAACGUCUGACGAGUUGGGGCUUCCAAGGAGGAGCAAAGGCGAGAGUGAGGACCUCGUGGCGCUCUUCCCACCACAUCUUGGACAGUGGGGUUGGACGUCAGUCAAGACACUGGGCAACAAGUUGCGCAUGGCAGCAAAGCCACCCGUCACCCUGACAAAGCCUGCCUGGCACGGUUCCUGGGUCUCCAGAUGGCGAGGAGGCGAUACCGACUUGUUCUAUAUCUUCUGCAAGUACUUUCACAUCCUUUGUGCUGACUUCAUGCCGCAAGGCCUUCCUCUAGUUGAGAAGGCGCGUGCCCCCGGUUUCGUCCUGGUGCAUGCUCAGCUUCUCUCGACCUUGGAUGGCGCGAUUCACCGUCAGGCCUCUAUGGACGCAUUGCUAGGACCACCGAUCGCCGACAGUCUCCAUGGCACCGACGCGACCAUGACUGGAGCCACUGGGCUCUCACUACCCAGCAAUGUCUUGAAGGGGAUGGACGAGAACAGACUUGUUGCCCUGCUGAAGGACAUGUUGUCGGGGAAGUCUGUGGUUGGAUCCGAGAUCAGGCAUAAUUUUGCCGAGUCAUUCAUGGCCGUUAUGGUCGCCGCCACCAAGCGGACCUCCAAAUAUGACCAUGCCGCCUGCUUCAUGCUUUGCGACUUCCUCCAGGAGGCCCUCAUGGCUUUCAACGCAUACCAGGAUAACCAGAACAACAGCAUCGCCAUCCCUGAUACUCCUAGCAGUUCACUCGUUAACUAUAUUGAUUGGCCCUUUUGGUUCGAGGUUAGCAAGUUGAUUAUGGAUUCCAACAACACCAUGUCGGAGAUUCGUAUCAUCUCAUUCCUUUACUCAGUGUGGGAUGCUAUCGUUGCUGAUCCGGUACGCAAGGAGCGACUGUGCUGUGAGUGGUUGUUGACGGAGGAGACCUUUGAAAGGUUUUUCAAUCACUGGUGUCCCAUGGUCCGCGCCUACUACAUGCGUCUCCUGUGUUGGCGUGUUUGCAGGGACACUGGAAGUAUCAAUGAGCUGGACAAUAAAAUCUUCCUGCUUGUUUCACAGCGAUUGAGAGCCGUCUGGUCACACUAUCUCUGGAUGUGGCAGACUGCUGAAGCUGAGGGUCGUAUGCCCCCUUCAAGAGCACCGUGUCUCCCAACACCCGGCAAGCGAUUCCUGAUCAUCCGAAGCGAAUUUCAGCCGGCGCAGACGCCCUUGUACCUUGGCUUUGACUCCUUCACCACCUCCUUCCCAGGAAUGGAUGGCUCCUUCGACUACCAGUCCACCAGCAAUGAAAGCAGGUCGAGCAUCAGGGUCGAAGAGACUUCCAAGAAGAGAUGGUCUCUUCUGGGCAAGGUUCUCUCUUUUACCGCUUCGCAGGCCCACCUACCUAAUGGUGCCACAAACGGCAAGCGGACAUGGGAUGAAGAACUCGAGCAAGCUAGGCGCGAAACGGCUGCGGCCGCUGCAGCUCGGGCCGGUCCUCCUCCGCCUGGAAAGCAGAACUCCGCAAUGAACGCCAAGCCGUCAUCCGACUCGGGUUCAUCAAGCGGAUCUGCCCCUGUCUCUGAUGCGGCCACCUUUGUGUUCCGGUUCGCUCUCACAUGGCAAGGCACCGUCGGUCCCCAGCGCGACAUGGUCCUGUACCGGCCUCGCCUUCCAGCUCCCGCUCAUUCGAGGAUUCUCAAUUGCGCCGCCGUCUCCUCCGAUGGACCUCUCAACCGCGAGGUCUACAGCAGCCCUGGCUCGCCUGUCAUCAACUCUGGUCUCUCACCCUUCGCCCGUCGCUGCAGCGGACAAUCAGAGACGGGCCUAAUAAGCCACGUCCGCAACGCUCGUCCGCUCUCAAGCGAAGCCAGCUCAGAAAAAAACCCAAACCGCCGCCGCUCAACAGGCGGCAACGUUGCAAUGUUCCACAUUGGCGACUCGUCUGAUGAUGAAGGUCCGCUGGUUGAUACUCGCUCUGCUGUAAGAAUGCGAGACGGCAGCCCUUUUGCACGCGCGCGUUCGCCUCCUCCUACUGGGUUCGACAGCGAAGUCAACCGUCUGCACCUGGCCGUCCGCGCUCAGAAGCCCGUAGGGAUUUAUGCCUCGGGCGCGGUAUAUACUGGCAGAGCGCUGGCGGAGUGGAGUUUGGUGGUGAGCGAGUGCAACAGCUUUGUGGAGCGGAGGAGGGGUGAGGGUGUUUUGGGGCUGAAGGAUGUGGAGGUGCCGAACUUGGGGGUAGAGGGGAUGGGGUUGAAGAGAGGGGGUUAAAAGGCCCCCGAAAGGUACCAUGAUAGCUGUCGAUACAGCGAACAUGCGGUGGAAAAGCUGGCUGGAAGAAAGCCGGAAUGACUUUUGGAAUGACAUUUCUCUCUGUGUUUUGGAUUUGUCUGUUGUUGAGAUACCCUCCCCCUUUUAUCCCCUUUUAACGUGCAUUUCUCAGCAAUGACGGCACACCUCAUGGGGUUUGCCUGCAUCAUCAUUAACAUCAUCAUAUCAUCAUCAUCAUCUAUCACCAUCAUGUAUCCACCUACCCGUCUGUCUCUACGACGUCAACAUAUUCUCCUUAUCACUCACCCAACAAGCAACAAACACUGGCGUUCACGGUCGACUUACAUAUCUCCUUGAUCACCUAAUUCGCUUCGUCAUCACACGUUGACGCUUGCUCUGAUUUUUCUUUAUUUUCACCCUGCUGCAUAGAUCAUACACGCAAAAGCUUCACGCAUCCUUACAUACUUGUUCAUGUACACACGGUUGGGUUUCACAGCACACCGUUGGGGAUUUUUGUGUGAUAUAUACAAACACAUAACACACAUGUCAUAGCUUUCUCAAUUCUUCCGUUCAUGGUUCCCGCACGGCGCAGGGCUGGCUUUUUUUGGUUUUUGGUUUUGGCUUCUCGGUUG